UCUUCCCCAAUCUCACCUCCCAACGUCUCUUUCUCUCUAGCUCGCAUCCUCUCCUCCCCCGUCAUCAGCGGCGAUCUAGGGUUUUGGCCCCUGCCUCCUCCUCCCCGAUGGAGUCGCUCUCGCUCAUCGACGUCUCCGCCGAGGACGACUUCUUCCUCGACCUCGCCUCCCCGCCCCCGCUCCCCGACCCCUCGCCGCGCCCCCGCGCCGCCGCAGGGUUAUCUCUGGCGGGCGCCGAUUCGGAUCAGCCUGCUGCCGGUUCUCCGGCGGCGGGGCGAGUGAUGGAUCCGAGCGGGGCGACGGAGCAAGUUCCGGAGCCGACAGGGUCCCCGAAGAUAAGGAAGGCCAAGAGUGGCGUUAACCUCCGCAAGAGCUUGGCCUGGGACAGCGCCUUCUUCACCAGCGAAGGUGUUCUGGAUACAGAGGAACUGGGCAUUGUGAACAGCACUUUCCGCAAGGCGCAGGUUUCUAGGCUGCUGCCUGGGAUCGCGGAGGAAUUGAGGAGGUCAGCAGAGUCCACAACCUCCACGCUGGAAAGCGAAAGCUUUGUGCUGGAAAGCGUUGAGACCGAGCUGUUUGACAAUGUGCGUGCUUCGAUUCAGAGAACACUUGGCAAAACUGACAAAGCUUCAGGUGUUGCUGCUGCUAGCACAAAAAUUCCUAAGGCCACAGCAAAGGCACCCCCUGCUGCAGCAAGAAAGGGGGCUGAACGGAUACCUCAGACCAAGAUAAGGCCUCCUGUUUCAUCAAGCAACAGUAGCGUUGGAAGUAAACAAAGGCCCCAAAUCACCCUGAAAGAGCCUACAGCUGGAAGAGGGGCUCUGCCGGGAGCUGCAGAAACAAAACCGUCCUCAAGACCUCCUAGGGCUCUGCCAAGAGUUGCGACAAUGAGAGCACCAGCUAACACAGCUGCCACUUCUGGGAAUUCAGAAAAAAGAAGCAGCACUGGAGGCGUGGCCAACAGACAGGCACCUGGUAAAUCUGCUAAUGCUUCAGCUAGCAUGCAGUCUCGGCCUGCUGCAGGGACAAAGGCGAGUUCGACCUCAAAGUCAGUUGCUUUCUCAUCAGCUGCAGUUCCUCCCUCACAAAGUAAUCCCAUGGGUAGUAUGCCGGGUGUGAAGACCAAAUCACCAACCCAAAUCAGCAAAAAUAGAACUGCUCAGAGGAUUCCUGUUCGCUCAUCAGCAAAAUCUGAUGUCAGCAAGGUUAACCCAACAAGAUUAUCAAGAAAUAGGAUUCCAACAAGGAGUCAUGGUGAGCUUGUAUCGCCAAUCAUUUCACCUAGCAGCUCUGUGGACAGCAUGAGUUCUGUGAUUUCUGGGGCGUCAACAGCAUCCACUAUAGGGAAAGCAAGCUAUACAUCUGAGAGCUUUAGUACAAGGUCAUCUUCAUUAUCACCUUCCAUCAGAAAGAGCAAUGAGUGUCCUCCAAUGACAAAACUGAGGCCUCCUACUGUCUCAGAGGGUCAGUCUUCAGGAACAUCUUGUGAUAGUCCAAAAUGUAAUAAAGACAUGACCACCCAAGGAAAUGGUUUUAAGCCAUCUGGUUUACGGAGGCCCACACCCAAGAUUGGGUAUUUUGAUGCUGAGAAAUCCAUUGACAGAGCUGGUGGUGUACGGGUGCAAGGGCAACCAAAGAAUGUCCAGUUUUCACCGUCUGUUACACCAAAUCCUCGGAUUUCUUCCACUCAGAGGACAAGCCCUGCAUCUUUGACCUUUGAUCAGCACGAACCAAAAUCAAUGGGAGCAGCAUCUUCCCAAACAAAGGCAUUACCUUCAUUGCCCUGCGGAGUUGAACAAAUUGAAAUAGCACCAUCAAAGUUGAUGGAGCAUGAAGCUUCUCAAGCUAAGACAUUGCCUUCACUGGCUCUCGGAGUUGCACAAACUGAAGUAGAAGCAUCGAAGGUGAUGGAACAUGAAGCUUCUCGGACUAAGGCAUCACUUUCACUACCUCUCGGAGUUGCAUAUGCUGAAGCAUCAAAGGUGAUGGAGCAUGAAGCUUAUCAAACAAAGGCAUCACCUUCAAUGCUUCUCAGAGCUGCACAAACUGAAGUGAAACCAGCAAAGGAGUAUGAAGCUUCUCAAACUGAGUCAUUGCCAGCACUGCCUCUCAGAACUGCACAAACUGAAGUAGAACAAUCAAAGGUAGCAGAGCAUGAAGGAAGCAUGCACGGGACCAGUCCAGUGGUCACCGUGGACAUUGCAAAGGAGAGCAUUCCAGCUUUGCACCAUAAUAUCCAGAAUAAUGGUGAUGCAAAUCCAUCAACAGUUGAGCUGUCACUGUCUAGCUUUGAUCAGCAAGAAUCAGAACCUAUGGUGGCACCUCAUGAGGAAAGCCGUCCUUCUCACAAUAAGUCAUCACCUUUGCUGCCUCUUGGAGUUGCACAAAUGGAAGUAGAACCAUCGGAGGUGAUUGAACAUGAAGCUUGCAUGCCCCAGACCUGCCCAGUCGUCACAGGCUUGGAUACUGCAAAAGAGAAUAUUCCGGCCCUUCAUCAGAACAUCCAGCUUAGUGGUGAUCUGAGUCCAUUAAAGGAAAACAUCCUUGUUUCACAUCAGAAUAUCCAAGCAAAAGGGGAUAUGACUCCAGUUACUCUUUUGACCCAGAAGAUGUCCUCCAUUUCUCUUGGGGCGGCUAAUACGACUCCAUUGGCUCUGUUGGACAAGAAGCGGUCCUCCGUUUCUGUUGUGGAGGCGAGUCCAUUGACUCUGUUGACCCAGAAGCUGUCCUCCAUUUCUCUUGGGGAUGCCACUGACCAGCUGUCUUGAUGGUCUGGCAAUGGAUAGGUUUCUCAUGGUAUGCUGCUGGUUGUUUCUGGUUACAUCCUUGCUAUUCGGAAGGCCAACUGCAGAAAGAAGUUAGUACAAAAAGGGUGUCCUCCAUUUUCUUUUUUAUCGUCUUAGCUUUUUAAUUAAAGUGUGAUACUAGUGUAAAACCCCAGGGCAUGGUUAAAUAAACUGUGAUAUUAUGUGUGCAAAAUUCUUGAGCCUGGUAUGCCAAUUUCAGAUUUGCGAGUAAAGCGCAUAUGAUUUCAGUUU